UGACACUUCUUCUCAGUACUGGAUUUCUAUUCCCUGCAUCUGUGAGGACACACUCCACUAACAGCAGAAUGCCUGUUCCACGUUUAAGGAUGAGACCUUGGCUUGAGAAGCAGAUUGAAUCCAAAGCGAUCCUAGGUCUUUCAUGGAUUAACAAGGAGGAGGGGAUCUUCCAGAUCCCAUGGAAGCAUGCUGCCCGGCAUGGCUGGGACAUGGAUAAAGAUGCCUCUCUUUUCCGCAGCUGGGCUAUUCAUACAGGAAGAUACAAACAGGGCGAGAAGGAACCUGACCCAAAGACCUGGAAAGCAAACUUCCGGUGUGCAAUGAAUUCUCUUCCUGACAUUAAAGAAGUGAAGGACAAAAGCAUCUACAAAGGCUCUAGCGCUGUACGAGUCUACAAAAUGCUGCCGGCACCAGUUAAGACAGAGAAAAAAGAACGCAAGUCAAAGUCUCUGAAAGAUUCUAAGAGCAAACCCCGAAAGAAGGUCGACAGCUUGUCAGCAGAUGAGUUGGAAGAAGCUGUGAAACACUGUCAGCUACCAGAGGAUCACAGCGGUUACACAGCACCAGAUUUCUCAAUACAGGAAGCUACUGGCAGUUCAGAUAUAGGCUUGAGUCAGAAUGAAAUCUCCAUCGACGUGCCACCAUGGAAUGAUGACAUGGAAAUGAUAUUACCUGAUAGCACCAAUGACCAUUACCACUUCCAGGUGUCACCUAUGCCAUCAAGCUCAGAAGGCGAUGAUGGAGACAUAUUAUCUGAGGAGGAGUUUUUAGCUAUUCUGGACACAAACACAGACUGGCAGCCUACACAUGUGGGUGGCAGAGGAUACCUUACCAAUGAACCGGGAACAGCAAGCAGUUAUUUAAAUAAUCCAAGCUCUUUGUUAGACGAGUUAAAUAUGCUAGGAGAGAUACAGGUCCGAGUCACUACAGACAUGAAACCUACUGAGUUUACAUGGCAAGAACUAACAGCCAUCACCUGUUUAUGAACUUCAUCUCGCUCCAUCAAACCUCUUAUGAUGUGAUCCUCAUAUUUGUGUGUAUAUGAGUCAAAAAUGGACUAAUGUGGGACUAAGCCACAGGUCACACCAUUAGAUAUAGGUGAUCAACUCAGGACUGUCCAGUCUGUAGCUGGUUGCAUAUGAGCACUGACUACUCAGAUCCUGGAAAUGCAUCUGAAGCUGGAAGGACAAGUCAGUGUUUGGACACUGCCCUUUGCUGAUAUUUGGCACAAGGAACACAGCUGCGUUUGGACCUCUGGAGUUGGGAAAACACUUAACUGAAGAUUGUUCACUACAU